AACCACGCGGGUCUCUAAAUUUGUCAGUCUUCAUCCAACUGUUCAGUGGACAAGUAACACAAAAAAAUGUGGCCAAACGUAGCCCUUUCCACCAUACGCAUUUCCAUUCCGGAGAUGUUACUGAAGCGAAAAUGUACCACCGGACCCUCAGCCGUUUCGGGACAUACAGAACCUGGUGGUUAUAAAAAAUGGAAGAAGCUUACGUUUCUGGUCGCUUUGCCGGGCAUUGGACUGUGCGCUCUGAACGCAUUUUUAGCGCACCGAAAGGAACAUGAACACCGCUUCCGACCAAAGUUUGUUCCGUACGAAUAUCUUUGCAUACGCACUAAACGCUUUCCAUGGGGCGAUGGUGUCAAGACACUGUUUCACAAUCCGGAAGUGAACGCACUGCCCACUGGGUAUGAAAAAUAGUUGGCACAUAAAUUAGCGGCGUUGAUAGAAUUAGCCAUGAAAAGAAAAACUGAUCCGUAUCGCAUCUGCAUGCACCCAGUUGCAAAUAAUAACAAUGGCGUUUGCUUAAAUUAAAAAUUAAUGUUGUCCGCCCUUUGUCGCCCCGUACAAUCCGUUCAUUAAAAGCUCAUCAAAAACCUUGAAACAUUC